AUGACUGCAUAUACACUCGGUGUACGUUCGGAGCACGAGGAUUCACUGCAUCGAAAGCGUUGUUUGCUACCUCAGCCUACUAUUGAAAAGCUGGGACUGAGGACGGGAGAAGUAAUCGCAAUAACGCCCGUAGAUGCGACCCGGCCUAUUGUCUUGUGCGUUGCAUGGCCAUGGACACGGGACGUGGACCCGUCUGGAAUCAGCCUAUCCUACUUUUCAGCCAAGGCUCUCAAAUGUGAUCGAGUCCAAGUGUGGAAGAAUCCCAACUCGCAAUGGCACAAGCACCUCACGCAUACUAGACAUAUCACCUUGAAAGCACUGGAGCCACUCCCUGUGAGCAUCGAAAAGCGAGCGGAGUGGCUCAAGCUGUUAGCAAGGGAAACCACAAUCGACUUGAAAUACGUGAUCCAAGGUCAGGUGGUUACUGUUCCAUUCGAAGGCCAUCCGCGGCUGUUUCAGCUUGAAUUCGAGCAAGACAAGGCUCAUCCGGAGAAGCUUGCUCAAAAUAUCUCGGGAUUAUCGAUAACAGACCGUGUCGAAUGGGCAAAUGUGAUACAGUCGGCGGCCGAAGUCGAUUGGGACACCCAAGUUGACAUUGAUGAUGAGCAUGAAACCAAGCCCCCCAUCAUCGCUCAUGUCGGGAGCCCCUACUCGACAGUGGGUGGGUUGGACAAGCAAAUCGCAGUCGUGCGCGAUCUUAUCGAGAUUCCGCUCACGAAUCCAGGACUGUUCCAUCAAUUUGGUCUGAAACCGCCCAAGGGCAUUCUACUCUAUGGACCUCCAGGAACGGGCAAGACUCACCUGGCACGGGCGAUUGCACGGUCGACGAAUGCGUCGCUUGUAGCCGUAAGCGGGGCUGAACUUGCGAGCGCAUACCACGGCGAAACCGAAGCUCGACUGCGCGCUGUAUUUGCCGAAGCACGCAAGCAGAGUCCAUGCAUUAUUGUAUUGGAUGAAGUUGACGCGAUGUGUCCGCAACGAGAAGAAGGCGGUGGAGUCGAAGCUCGAACCGUGGCUACACUUCUCACCGAGCUAGACGGCAUCGACACCGCGGACCACGGCGGAAAUGCGCAUGAACAAAGGAGACAGCCGAGAAUAGUCGUGGUUGCGACCACGAACCGGCCCAACGCGAUAGACCCUGCAUUGCGUCGCCCAGGUCGGUUUGACCGUGAGAUUGAGAUUGGUAUCCCCGACGCAUCCGCGCGCUUGCAGAUCCUAUCUGUGCUGCUUCGAGAUACGCCACACGAGCUGACGGGUCCAGAGCUCGAAUCGCUCGCCGGACGCACGCACGGAUACGUCGGUGCAGACCUGAGCGCGGUCGUUCGUGAUGCAGGGACCCGGGCGAUCAAACGCACGUUGGCGUGCGGAUCGGCCGUGCCCUCUCCGAUCGGCGCGACCGACCUCUCCCACGCGUUGUUGACGAUUCGUCCUUCUGGACUGCGCUCGCUUGCGCUCGAGACUCCUACGACCCGAUGGGCAGAUGUGGGUGGCCAGGCUGACGUCAAGGCUCGGUUACGCGAGAGCGUCGAGUGGCCGCUGCGUCAUCCUGAAGCAUUCAAGCGGCUUGGUGUCCGGCCUCCUGCAGGGGUGUUGAUGUAUGGCCCACCGGGGUGCAGCAAGACGCUCAUCGCGCGAGCGUUGGCGACCGAGAGUGGUGUGAAUUUCUUGAGCGUCAAGGGUCCAGAGUUGCUCAACAAAUACGUCGGAGAAUCCGAGCGAGCUCCCUCCUUGAUUCGAGAUAAACCCCAAAUUCACUCUCCCCCAACAGGACGAAGUCGACGCACUUGCUACCGCACGCGACACCGAUUCGGGCCGAGCACACGAGGGGAUCCUGACAAGCCUACUCACGAAAUGGACGGCGUACAAGAACUCGUGGGCGUGACAGUCGUAGCAGCGACGAACCGGCCAGACGUACUGGUAAGUGCCCACGUUCUAGCUCUAGAGGAGGACUCGCAACCUCGCAAACAUCUCCCGCUCGCGCGCCGGCGGGAUCUAUUUGAUUACACACCAGAACGUUUGAUGAUCGCCAUCAUCAGCAUCAUCAACGACAAAAAAAUGCUCCCGCUCAUCAGCACGAUCAGUGGCGCUGAUGGGUUCCGAGGCUCGAUCAUCGAGAGGGGGCUGGGUUGUGACUCGGCUCUGAUGCGGCCUGGAAGACUAGACAAGCUCUUGUACGUGGGACCACCGGACUUGGCUGGGCGGAAAGAAAUCCUGGCGAUUCGGACAAAGAAAAUGAGCGUGGACCCCGAGUUGGACUUGGAUGUAUUAGCAGAACUGACCGAGGGGUGCUCUGGAGCAGAGAUCGCGGCGCUGUGCCAGGACGCAGCGCUUGGGACGAUGCGACAAGACAUGGAUGCAGAAUACGUGAGUGGAGGCCUUGUCGAGUGA